UACGUCUAACGCCUAAUGAGUCAUAAGCCUUACAUGAGGAUUGAUUGUAAAGAUCUCGAAAGUGGAGUCGUUGAAGCUACUAAAGAAAUGAUUGGGAAGCUGAAUAAAGAGAGAGACACGGCCUUACAUGAGGCUGUACGUCACAAUCACAUUGAAGUGGUAAAACAGUUACUAAUGGAGGUAGAUCCAGAAUUUUCGUUUGGUGCUAAUGUUGCUGGUGAGACCCCACUUUACUUGACUGCCGAGAGAUGCUUUCCAGAUUUGGUGUCAGAAAUUUUAAACAAAUUGAAGUCACCAGCUCAUGAUGGCCCCUUGGGUAGAACGGCUUUGCAUGCUGCAGCAUUUUAUCGGAAUGAUGAAGGAAUGACCAAAAAUAUUUUGGAAAGAUACGGACGCGAUCUAUGUAAACAAGCAGACCAAAAUGGUUGGACUCCACUUCACAUGGCUGCAUACAUGGACAACAUUGAGGCAACAGAACUAUUGCUGAAAUGUGAUAGAGAGGUAGCAUAUAUGAAAGACGCAGAGGGUAGGACAGCUCUUCACAUUGCAGCCCAUCUCGACUCGAGCGAUGUAACAAAAGAGAUUAUAUCAAUGUGUCCGGAUUGUUGCGAAGUGGUUGACAAUGAAGGCCGCAAUGCACUCCAUCUCGCCGUGCACAACAAAUGGCCAGUGGCAGCGCAAAUCAUCCAAGAUAAUUCGUCUCUCCGGAAUCUUUUGAAUCAGAAGGACAAUGACGGGAAUACACCUCUCCAUCACUAUUGCAAUUCCAAUUUUGCUUACGGGAAGCGUGUCCUGAAUUCUCCAAGAGUUGACAAAAUGGUCUUCAACAAAAAGAACCAGAAUGCUUAUCAAAUCUUAAGAAGUCUAAACUUACCGCGCGAAGAUUUUGAGAUGUUUGUAUCUACUUUUGGAGGCUGGGGAAAUUUUGAUGAAAUUGGACGAGUAGUAGAAGUCGGGUAUGAUGAAAUUGAGAAGAAGAAGCCGGAGCUGGAGCCGGAGCCGAAGGUGGACCGGCAACAGAAGAGGGAGAUUAGACGGAAGAAGAAGAUGGAGGAGGAGGAUAAAGCGGCUCAAGCUCAUUUGGUAGUUGCUGCACUCAUUACAACUGUGACCUUUGCUGCAGGCAUUACCAUGCCCGGGGGCUUCGUUGGUGGAGAUGAUCAUCUACAUCCAGGCUUUGCAGUUUUGAGAAAAAGUGCUGCUUUCCAAGUAUUCAUCAUUACAAAUGCCCUAUCAUUGAUGCUAUCUAGCUCUGCUAUUUUUAUCCACCUAUUUAUUCCACUCAUCCCUUCUGAAGACUUCUUCGAAAAGCGCUCAAGUCUUCUUCAAAUAGCCUUUUGGCUCCUUCUUUCCUCCAUGGCACCAAUGGUUUUGGCAUUUGUCACAGGUACAUAUGCUGUAUUAGCGCAUUCAAUUAUUGCCAUUGCCACUUGUAUUAUUUGCUUAUCCUUUGUUCUCAUCCUUGUUUAUAUAUUUCUAAAAAUAAAGUGGUAUGCGCUAUGAUUUAGCCACCAUGUAAAGAGGCUUUUGAUCUAAUUAAUAAAAAUAUUACGAGUACGUGACUUUCUUUUCAAGAUAAA